AUGGGUUGUACAAACUCCAAGCUCGACGAUCUUCCGGCGGUUGCUCUUUGUCGCGACCGUUGCAGUUUCUUAGAAGCAGCGAUUCAGCAACGUUACGCUUUAGCCGAGUCUCACGUAGCCUACACACAAUCCUUGAAAGGAAUCGGCAACUCUCUUCACAGCUUCAUCAAUCACCACCACCGUUUCGCCGGAGACGACCCAGAAGAAGAUUCGCCUAAGAAAGCUAAACCGAAAAUAACCCACUCGGAUUCUGGGUCGGGUCAUCUCGAAUUCGAUUCUGAUUCCGACGAAAUCGAUUCCGAUCACUCGUCUCCUCUGCAUCACCAUCUCGACGACGAAGAUCCGGGUUUUACCGGGUACUCGAAUUCGGGUCCGUAUUUGCAUAUGAACUAUAUGAAGAAUAGUUCGAUGCCUCCUUCAGUCGUCUACGAGCAGAGACCUUCGAGCCCUCAGAGAGUUUACGUCGGCGAAUCAUCGAGCUCUAACUAUAAUCCUUACCUUUAUCCUCCUAAUUGGAGUAAUCCAUCCCCGAAUUACGGACCCGGAUCUUCGAAACCGCCUCCGCCGCCAACGACGUCGGAGGCUUGGGAUUUCUUGAACCUUUUCGAUUAUUCGUACACUCCUAGUCGGGAUUUGAGAGAGCUAAGAGAGGAAGAAGGUAUUCCGGAUUUGGAGGAAGUGGAUGAGGUUGUCAAGGAAGUACAGGGAAAACAGAAACUUGUCGCCGCCGUGGAAGAUAAGGAAGAGCCGGCAGGUAACUCUGGUGGUGCUAGCACUAGCGGUGGUCAGGCUUCUCUGUAUCAGACUAGGCCAAGCGUGUCUGUUGAGAAAGAAGAAAAGGAGUACGAGGUUCAUGUCGUGGACAAGAAAAUUGUUGAGGAUGGUGGGGAAGAGGCACGGAGGAGUAAUGCGGCGGCGGCACGUGGCGGUGUCCGGCGUGGGGUGGCUGAGGUUGCGAAAGAGAUAGAUGUUCAGUUCUUGAGAGCUGCAGAGUCAGGAAGUGAGAUUGCAGUGAUGCUUGAAGUGGGCAAGCAACCUUAUGGGCGCAAACAUGGAUUGUCGAAGAUGCAGCACGGGGUUACUCCAUCGCUGUCUACGGUGUCAUCAUCUCAACCAUCAACCUCCAAGAAAGCUGAAGCCUCUUCUUCGGCGCCUGCACCUACUUACGCUGAUAUUGAGGCAGAGCUUGCAUUAAGGUCUCGUAAUCUUUCUUCGACAUUGCACAAGCUCCACCUUUGGGAGAAGAAACUUUAUGAUGAAGUCAAGGGUGAGGAAAGACUGCGUUUAAACCACGAGAAAAAGUUAAAGAAGCUGAAGCGUUUGGAUGAAAGAGGUUCUGAGUCUCAAAAAGUAGAUUCAACACGAAUAUUAGUGAGAAGUUUGUCCACUAAGAUACGGAUUGCGAUUCAAGUUGUUGACAAAGUAUCUGUUACAAUUAACAAGAUAAGAGACGAAGAGCUAUGGCUGCAAUUGAAUCAAUUGAUCCAAGGGCUAAGCAGAAUGUGGAAAUCCAUGCUUGAUUGCCAUCGAAGUCAGUGUGAGGCUAUUAAGGAAGCUAGAGGUUUAGGUCCCUUAAGAGCGAGCAAAAAACUUGGUGACGAUCAUCUUGAGGCUACAAGAAUGCUUGGGCAUGAACUCAUAGAUUGGAUUUUGGGAUUCUCUAGCUGGGUUAGCGCGCAAAAAGGUUUUGUAAGAGAACUGAAUAGUUGGCUUAUGAAGUGUCUUAUCUAUGAACCCGAGGAAACUGCCGAUGGAAUAGUUCCUUUUUCUCCUGGUCGUAUUGGGGCUCCCCUGAUUUUCGUGAUCUGUAACCAGUGGGAACAAACUUUGGAUAGAAUAUCAGAGAAGGAAGUUAUUGAGGCCAUGCGUAGAUUCACAACGAGCGUGCUUCAUCUUUGGGAAGAAGAUAGGUUAGAAACCCGGGAGAGGAUGAUGGGGCAUGGUGAUUCAAGGAAUAUGGACCGAGAGGAACAGAAAAUACAGAAAGAGAUUCAAGAACUGGAAAGGAAAAUGGUUCUGGUGGGUCCGGGCGAGGAGAACAUUGUCUACCAAAGCGAUGCUAGUAACGAGAGUUUGAAGGGUAGUCUUCAACGUAUUUUUGAAGCUAUGGAGAAAUUUACAGCAGAAUCUAUGAGAGCUUAUGAGGAUCUCUUGGAGCGUGCUACUGAAGAAGAAAGCGGUUCUCGAGAAUCAGAGGAAGGCUAA